CAACACACCACCCAACCCCUUAGACAUUUCUUUUUCAUGUAUCUUGAUAUUGCUAAUAUUACUUCUAAUAUCCAUUCACCUCCUCUAUCCACAUCCUCCUUGCCCCCACACCCACCCCACUCCCUUAAAAAAAAAGACAAGAAAGAAAAGCAACUGACAAUUCUUAUCUUGUUUGGUCUUUUACUGUAUCAAAUGAACUUGGCACAAACAUUGACACAGUUGUUACAAAAGAUUCUCAUCUGUCAAGGUUUUCCUGUCAUUUCAUUGCCCCUGAUGCAGUAGGGGACCUUGUGAUGUCUAGCAUAUAAUUAAUUAUGUCCUUAAACUUGCUUUAUUAGGAGCUUAUUGUAACAUACACAGAGUCAAUUAAGUGGAUUCUUUGAAGCAGAAAAUAUUGAUUGAGCAUGGUGAGACCAGUAGCUAGUUUACUCUGUAAAUUGUUCCACAGAAGGAUGUCAUUGAUUUCUGUUAAAUUGUAGAGUUCAUAAUCAGCAUAAUUGAUAGCUGCCACCAGAGUUGUCUGUGGGGAGUGGUGGUUAUAAUAGACAAGGAGAACUUAAUCCUGAAAAACAACAUAAUAAAUUUCAGGAAAAACAAUGUGCAUUUAACCUUGCGUUGGAUGAGAUAUUUGCAAUUUGCCCUAGUUGUUGGAUAUAAAAUUCGAAGCCAAAGAAGUAGGAACAGAUGUGAAGCAAAAAGAUGCAAAUUGUGGAUUCUCAAGUGUUUGGCUUUUGAUUGUUCUCACCUUUCAAAGUUAUUCACAAUAUGAAAUAUUUAGGAUAGUUGCCAAAUCCAUGCACAUGUACUUGUCUGGUAGUGAAAUAUAGCAUGUUAUUGUCUGCCGCAUCACAGAUAUUGUUAUAUAACAGUAGGACAGUUUCAUCAACAUAAUGAGUUGGACAGUUUGAAAUGGUGUUUCAGUAUGAGUCUCAUUUGCAGAAACAGAGUAUAUGAAAUGAGAAAAUGACUGGAAUAAUUGGAGAAUAAUCAGUAUUUUUUAGAAACUACAUGUGAACAGAAUUAUAUGAAGAGAUUAAUGAAGCCAGUAAUUAUGUACAGUAGUUCACAUGUUGUGUGGGUUUACUGAGUUGAGUUUCGUUUAAAAUUGGCAUUGGAAAGCUUUUGAAGUAUAUAUGAAGUGGAUAAUUACAAUUAUUUUACCUCUUCCUGGGAGCUUAAUGUAGUUCUAAAACAGAUAGCCGUACCUAUGGAUUUAUGGCUAUAGAUCCUUUGAUAUUGAAGUUAAACCACUGUAGCCAAGGCAGUAGCACAUGUGAUAGUUUAUAAACCUCAGACAUCAUUAACUGCUGGUAUAAUUUUUUCUUGGAAGAUAUAUUUAAGUCCUGUGCCAGUAUGGAUGUUACUUUUUGCUUCUGUUUGAAGUAGUGAUAUGAUAUUAUACCAUUUUUAUAUGCUUUAAUUGCGAGAUAUAUUUUAAUUGAAUGUAUGGACAUCAAAUUUUGUGGUUUAGAAGUGGACAUUAAAUUUUGUGGUUUAGACCAAAACAAAAUUUUACAAGAGACAUAGAUUCCUAGAAAGAGUAGGAAUUUUAUAUUUUAAUGUGGAUUUAAUCUGGUGCAUUGAUGCAACAACACAAUCAACAGAAAUUAGUCCCUCACUAAUAACAGUGAUGUUACAGUAAACUUUUUUUUCACUUGCCUGUUUCACUAAAAGCUUUAUAGAUGUUGGUCUAUGGUACAUCCAUAAAUAAUCAUUAAUUUAGUUCUUCUCAGUGUUAUGAUGUAUAAUGGAACAUUGUCACAUUGAUUUUGUGGUCUGAAUGAAGAUUCUCGUGAAAGAUACCAUAUUAAGAUGAAGUAAAGACUAAUGUAAUGACUUGAGGCUUAGCUACCAUAGCAACUGGAAUAUACUGCUUCUUGAGACAGUAUAUGACUUCAUCUAUCUAUUUUUAAGACAGUAUUUGACUUCAUCUAUCUAUUGUCUUGAAAUGUAAUAUUGGUAUUACAUAUCAACUAUGAAACUGGUUGGAAAACCUGCAAAACAGAUAGAGAAUUAUUGAUUAAACUGCUGAAAAUUUUCCACUUAUUGCUACACAGUAUUUGUUGGGAGUUAAGAUUAGAAUAUUUACUUGAGGCAAUACUGUAGAGAUUCCGGAAAUCACAAUACUGACGAUUCUUGUUAGGAAUAACCAGAAAUAUUGUGCAAGUUUGUAUUAAAAAAGUAGAGAAAUGGCUGAGGAGACAAUAUAUUUGUGCAAGUUCCGAGUAUCUGUGGACGGAGACUGGCUGUGUCUCCGAGAAUUGAGUGAUGUUCAGUUUGAGGUUCCUCCAUCACUCAGUAACUCUAUGAUUGAGGACGAUGAUCGAGAUCCGAGGACAAUAGAGAGAGGAAACUUAUUAAAUGUAUCCAAACUUAUAAUAAAGGAGUUAAUAGACUCCUCUAUGGCACAUGGACGUAUGCUAGAUGAUGAUCAUGAACCACUUCAACAAUUUUUUGUUGUCCUUGAACAUGUUUUGAGACAUGGACUUAGAUCAAAGAAGAGCAUUCUGAGAGACCGGCGAGACUUUUGGUGUGUUCUGGAACUCGUGGAGAAAUUUGCUCCCGAGGCUGCGGAAAUUACUGCCACAGUACGAGACAUGCCACAUUUAAAGACCCCGCUUGGUAAGGCAAGAGCAUGGUUGAGAUUAGCAGCAAUGCAGAAGAGUCUUUCAGAUUAUUUCAAAUUACUCAUUGAAAAGAGAGAAAUGGUGUUAACAGACUUCUAUGAGCCGGGAGCAUUUCUAAUGGAGGAUGAAGGAACUGUGAUAGCAGGUCUGUUGGUGGGCCUCAAUGUGAUAGACUGUAACCUUGGCAUCAAGGACGAGGAUCUAGACCAACCGAUGGGUGUGAUAGAUUUCAGUUGGUAUUUAAAAGACACACGACUUUCUGACACAGAUCCAGACACAGAUAGUGCAGCCAUGCAGGAGAAGAUGCAGACAAUCCUUGACCAAAAAAAUUAUCUUGAAGAGCUCAAUCGACACCUUAACACAACAGUGGCAAAUUUACAACAGAAGCUUGAGAUGUGUAACACGACCAAUGCCUUGAUGAAAGAAGACCUUGCCAUUGCCAAAAAUACAAUACUAGAACUGGAAGAUGAAAAACAGAAUGCUGAGUCGCAACGAGAUACGAUACUGCAUGUACACAAACACCAUAUUGAGAAAGAAGAUGAAGGUGAGGUCACACAGGAACAGAAUGAGAGGAACGAGAAACCACUGAGUGAAGAAUUAGAGGCUGCAAUGAGAUCAGAACAUACGGAGUCCACUGAAGAUAUUCCACAAGUGGUUGCUACAGUUCCUGAAGAUACCCCGCAGGAUGUGGCUACAGUUCCUGAAAAUAGACCAGAGGACUUGACUGUAGUUAAUAAAGAAAGCCCCCAGGAAACAGCUACUAUUGCAGAAACACAACCAGUCCAUGCAGCUUCUAGCCCAAGGGACAUCAUAAUGCCCUUAAUUUCAAAAUUUCGCUCGGGAUCAACAGGUUCCAGUCCAAAGAAAUCAAAAGAAAGUAAAAAAGACAUAGACGUAGAGCGUCAGACAUAUCUUCAGUCACGGGCAGGCCUUGAUGACAUGUAUGCUGAGGUGAAGAAAAAACUGGAUGAAGAGAUACAUUUGAGACUGGAUGUAGAGAGGGAGCUAGAGUUGCAGAUCAGUAUGAAACAAGAGAUAGAAAUGGCCUUACAACUCCUUGAAAAGGACAUUCAUGAAAAACAAGACAGCAUUAUUGGGCUUCGAAAACAACUGGAAGAUGUCAAGAAUAUAAAUUUACAGAUGUAUGAAAAAUUAGAGACUUGUGAUACUUCUUUGAGACAUAAAACAGAAAUGGUUACAAAGCUGGAAGAAAAGACAAAUAACCUUGUGUCAGUGCUCAAAGAUAUGGAGAAAAAAAUGAAGCAAACUGAAAGUGAAAAGAAUGCUGCAGUAGAAACAUCAAGGAAGCUUGGACAGAACUUAGCAGACAGGGAUGCAAAGAGAACUGCCUUGGAAACUGACUUACGAAUUGAGAGAGAAUGGAGAGGAAAUUUACAAAAAAAUUUGGAACAGGAAAAGGCAAAAACUUCGCAGUUACAGAAAGAACUACAGCACUAUCAGACUUUAGAAAGUGAUCAUGAAAAUUUACAAAGACAGUUCAGGGAAAUGCAAAAACAGUGUGAAGAGCAGGAAAAAACUUUAGCAGAAUUAGGGUCACAUUUAAGCGAAUCUAAAUUAAGGGUUGAGGACAUGAGAGAAUUACAAAUGGCAAACAAAGAGGCAAGCUGGGCCAGCGACAAAGAUGUUUCCUCCUGUAAACAAUGUGAAAAACCAUUUUCAGUUGCAAGAAGAAAGCAUCACUGUAGAAACUGUGGUGAGAUUUUCUGCAAUGAAUGUUCUGACAACAAGAUGCCUCACCCGUCCUCUUCGAAACCUGUGCGAGUGUGUGAUACUUGCCAGCAAAUUUUGCUUCAGAGAUACUCAGCCAGUGGGAACUAGUGCAAUAAAAACACAGGAGUUUGGAAGUUUUUUUCUAUUCAUUCCAGUGGAAGUAGCAGGCGGUGUCUUAGACAAGUUUUACACAGACUCAAGUAAAUAAAAGCAGCUAUUUGUAAAGAUGUGUGACCAUAAAAUACUGUGAAAUUCCUGUUCAGAACAGUUGUAAGAGAUGUGCUAAGUUCUUCUGAAAACUGUAUCUUUGUUUCAUAUGUUUUUGAUUGGAUGAUAUAUUAACUUUGUGAGUGUAAGCCAAUUAUUUCUUUAGACAGAUUAAAGCUGUAUAAAGAAACGUAAUACUUAAAUUCAUAUGUGAAUUUGUAUGUGCUUCAUGAUGUAUGAAACACUAAUGUUUUUAAAGCCUCUUGAGGGAUAAAUGUAAAGGUUAUCCAAAUUUAAACACUUAAGGCUCAGCGUAUUUUAGUCUUAAUCUGGGUUUCAGGAUUAUAAUGGGUGAAUAUCAUGUUUGGCAGAAUAAUGCUGUCUCUGCCAAGUUUGGUUUAAAUGUGUUCAAAAUCCACUUAGAGUGGCUAAUACUUCAGUUACUCUCAGAUGCCAUUUUAAUAUUUAUUCACUAUUUUUCAUCAUCAAAAAUUCAUUUUGUGAUACCACUGAUUGAUUUAUAUCACAAUUUAUUCCUUGGCAUUAUUGUUUUUGGAUAUCAUUAAAUGCAUUUGAGGAUAUCAUGUAAUUAUUUAUAUCUAUUAUUUGAUAUAUAUAAAAUGUCAGUUUUAUUAGCUUACCUGAGCCAAAGGCUCAUAGUGAGCUAUUUUGACCGCUUGAUGUCAGUCAUCCACCGUGUGUCGUCCGUCGUGUGUCCGUCAACAAUUUCUAAAAAAAUCUUCUUCAAAUCAUUGAGCAGAUUUACACCAAACUUCACAGGAAUGAUCCUUGGGUUGCUCCCUUCAAAAUUGUUCAAAGAAUUGAAUUCCACACAGAACUCAGGUUGCCAUGGCAAACGAAAGGAAAAUCUUAAAAAAUCUUCUUGUCCAAAACCGCAAGGUAUAGAGCCUAGAUAUUUGGCAUGUGACAUCAAAGAGGACCCUCCCUGGGACUCCCAAGCUUUACAUAAGCUUAUAUAGAAAAAACUUAAAAAAUGUUUGUCCAAAACUGCAAGGCUUAGAGCCUUAAUAUUUGGCGUGUGACAUCAUCUAAUGGUCCUUUAUGAAACUUGUUUAAGUUAUGCCCCUGGGGUGAAAAGAGGCCCCACCCAGGUGUCCCAAGUUUUACAUAGACUUGUAAAGGAAAAUAAAUUUAAAAUCUUCCUGUCAUAAACCACAAGACCUAGACCUUUGAUAUUUUGUUAUGUAGCAUUGCCUUGUGGUCCUCUGCCAAGAUGUUUAAAUUGUUACCGGUUAAAGAGGCCCCGCCCUAAGGGUCCCAAGCUUUGCAUAGACUUACAUAGGAAGAAACUUUAAAAAUCUUCUUGCCUGAAACUGCAAAGCCUAGGCUUUUGAUAUUUGGUAUGUUGCAUUACCUAGUGGUUCUCUACCAAAAAUGUUCAAAUUAUUCCCCUGGGGUCGAAAAGAGGCCUGCCCUGGAGGUCCCAAGUUUUACAUAGACUUAAAUAGGAAAAAAAAUUGAAAAAUCUUCUUGUCUGAAAGUUCAAGGCCUAGGCCUUUGAUAUUUGGUAUUUAGCACUGCCUAGUGGAUCUCUAACAAGAAUGUUUAAAUUAUGCCCCUGGGGUGAAAAGAGGCCCUGCCCCAGGGGUCACUUGUUAUAUGAGUUAUAUAAGAAAAAUACUUAAAAAAUUAUCAGAUCAUAUUUCCUAGAUAAUUAUUAAUUAGUUAUAAUUACCUGAUGACCAAAGUGAUAAGGGUCACCUAGCUAUGACGUUGACCUACUGACCUGCAUUCUUGUUUUUUAAGAUAUAGCCUUGAAAUUUGGAUGACUUGUACAGUUUUGCACUGACAUUCAGUGACCAUAAAAUGUGACCCUAUGACCUACUUUCUUAAUAUUUUAGCAUCAUUUUGGCUUUUGAAACAUGCAGCUCAUAUGACUCAGGUGAGCCAUCCAGGGUCAUCAUGACCCUCCUGUCUUAUGAUAUCCUUAAUUCAGUUUAAUGGUAUUUUUAAUUCUGUUUUAUGAUAUCCAUAAAUGAAUGUUGGAAAGCAAAACAUAACUUUAAGGUAUCAUUUAAUUAAAUAGAAUAAUGGAUAUCUUAAGAUAAAUCAAAUUUGUGAGAUCACUUAUUCUAUUUUACAAUAUCAUGACAUAAAGUUUAGAAUCUUCAAUCUGAUUUUAUGAUAUUCAAAGAAUUAAUCGCGUCCAAAAUGUUGAAAUAAAUUUUAUGAUCCUUAGUGCAGGCAUAUGGUGAAAAAAUUGAGCUAUUUGUGGGAAAAGCAUCAAACUUGGUAGAAAGUGAGGAUAUGGUGUCUUUAAAUGCAAAUUUGAAAGAAAGUUUGAAAAAAAUCAAAUUGGCGAAAAUUAUUCAAAAUGGCUGCCAUUCAUAAAAAAUAUGAAGAAAAGUAAGGACCAAACACACUCAGUAGGUUUUUAGCUUACCAGAGCACAAAGUGCUCAAGGUGAGCUAUUGUGACCGGUCAUUAUCUGGCAUUGUCCGUCAUGCAAAAUGCAUCGUCAACAUUUGCCUUGUUAAACACUCUAGAGGCCACAUUUGUGACCCAAUCUUUAUGAAACUUGGUCAGAAUGUUUGUCUUGAUGAUCUCUAGGCCAGGUUUGAAACUGGGUCAUGUAGGGUUAAAAACGAGGUCAGAUCAAAGGAACAUCUUGAUAACACUUUAGAGUCCACAGUUUAAGUUGGAAACUCAUGACAAUUGGUCAGAGUUCUUGUCUUGACGACCUCUAGGUCAAGUUCGAAUCUGGGUUAUGUGGGGUCAAAAACUAGGUCACCCGGUCAGAUCAAAGGAAAAGCUUGUUAACACUCUAGAAGCCACAGUUGUAACCAAUCUUUAUAAAACUUGGUCAGAAUGUUUGUAUAGAUGAGCUGUAGAUCAAGUUUGAAACUGGGUCAUGUGAGGUCAAAAACUAGGUCAGUAGGCCAGAUGAAAGGAAAAUCUUGUUAACACUCACUAGAGUCUACAGUUUAAGUAGUUUAAGUAGGAAACUUGUGAGAAUUGGACAAAUUGUGUUUGUCUUGAUGACCUCUAGGUCAAGUUCGAAUCGGGGUAAAAAAUUAGGUCACUUGGUCAAAGCAAAGGAAAAGCUUGUUAACACUCUAGAGGCCACAGUUGUGACCCAGUCUUUAUGAAACAUAGUCAGAAUGUUUGUCUUGAUGUUCUCUAGGUCAAGUUUGAAACUGGGUCAUGUGAGGUCAAAAACUAGGUCAGUAGGCCAGAUCAACUCUGGUGAGCGAUAUAGGGCCAUCAUGGCCCUCUUGUUAAUUGGUUAAUCUGUGUUUUAAUCAUUAUUAUGCAAACACUGAUUAAACACACUUUUUUGAAUAGAU